GGAGGAACCCCCAAGCCAAUGUGCUCAGCCCUUGUUUCCCCCCAGCAGGAUUUGUCCUUCCCAAAGGUUGGGCGGAUGGAGGAGACUGCGAGGAAGAGGAAAAAGCCGAGGGCCCCCCAGGCAGGCCCCGAGCUGAGGACGGAGAGCACGGAGGACAAAUCCCCCCGGCAGAGCCUGGUGGGAGAGGCCGUUUUGAAGGGCUCCCCGGCGCAGGAAGGCAGCGGGGAGGAAAAGGCCCGGAGAUGCCCCCGGAGGAGGGGCUGCAAAGCCAGCCCAGGGAGCUGUGAGGAGGAAAGAGUCGUCCUGUGCGGGGAAGGCGGCCGGAGCUUGAGCCGGAGCUCUGAGCUGGUGGUCCCUGAGCAGCCUCCCAGCAGGGAGAAGCCCUUCAGGUGCUGGGAAUGUGGGAAGAGCUUCAGGAAGAGCUCAAACCUCCUCACCCACCAGCACAUCCACACUGGGAAACGGCCCUACUCAUGUACGGAGUGUGGGAAGAACUUCAGGAGCAGGUCCCAGCUGAUCCAACACCAGCGCAUCCACAGUGGGGAACGGCCCUACAAGUGCUUGGAAUGUGGGAAGAGGUUUCAGCAAAGUUCAAAUCUCCUCAUGCACAAGCAGACACACACAGGGGAGAGGCUUUUCCGCUGCACCGAUUGCGGGAAGGGCUUCAAACGCAACUCCCACCUCAUCGGCCACCGGCGCAUCCACACCGGGGAGAGGCCCUACAAGUGUGGCAAGUGUGGGAAGAGCUUCAGUGACCGCUCCAGCCUCCGCACCCACCAGCACAUCCACACAGGGGAAUGUCCCUACAGAUGUGGGAAAUGUGGGAAGAGGUUUCAGACCAGCGGGAGUCUCCUCGUUCAUGAGCGGAUACACACAGAGGAGAGGCCCUUCCGCUGCUCCGACUGCAGGAAGGGCUUCAAAUGGAACUUUCACCUCAUCAAUCACCGGCGCAUCCACACCGGGGAGAGGCCCUACAAGUGUGGGGAGUGUGGGAAGAGCUUCACCUGGAGCUCUGCCUUGACCAGACACCAACGGACCCACCAGUAA